UAAACAAAGGCGUAAUGUUAUAUGAUGGUAUACAAAGAAGCAGGUCAUUCGCCGGAAAGCAAGAAUAAGCUUACCGAGGCUGAACAAAGCAAUAAAGAAGCUCACUGCUCAUCACCUUCGUGUAGUAUCAGAAGUGAAGAGUUAAGUGAAGUGAGUGGUGGUAGUCCAGCAACAAAAAGCCUUCGUAAUAGCCGGCAGUUAAUG